GGGCGGUCGCAUAUCUUGCAUCACACCCAGCCUAGUUCGGGUGUGCUGUCUCACUGGUGAGGCCGCGUACCCGGGAAGUCCCUGUGUGUGUGGACCUUGCAGCCUCCCGCUUCCCGGAACUAUGGAGUACCUCAUUGGCAUCCAGGGUCCUGACUAUGUCCUGGUCGCUUCUGACCGGGUGGCCGCCAGCAAUAUUGUCCAGAUGAAGGACGAUCAUGACAAGAUGUUUAAGAUGAGUGAAAAAAUCUUACUCCUAUGUGUUGGAGAGGCUGGAGACACUGUACAGUUUGCAGAAUAUAUCCAGAAAAACGUGCAGCUUUAUAAAAUGCGGAAUGGAUAUGAAUUGUCCCCCACAGCAGCAGCUAAUUUCACACGCCGAAACCUGGCCGACUGUCUUCGGAGUCGGACCCCUUAUCAUGUGAACCUCCUCCUGGCUGGCUAUGACGAGCAUGAAGGGCCAGCACUUUACUACAUGGACUACCUAGCAGCCUUGGCCAAGGCUCCUUUUGCAGCUCAUGGCUACGGUGCCUUCCUGACCCUCAGCAUCCUUGACCGAUACUACACACCAACUAUCUCACGUGAGAGGGCAGUGGAGCUUCUUAGGAAGUGUCUGGAGGAGCUCCAGAAGCGCUUCAUCUUGAAUCUGCCCACCUUCAGCGUUCGGGUCAUUGACAAAGAUGGCAUCCACAAUCUGGAGAACAUUACCUUCACUAAGCGGAGUUCCUAACAUCAUGUUCUUCCCUCCCACUUACCAGGGACCUUUUUUUGAUGGGUUCCUUUUAUUUUUUUCUACUCUUUUGACGUUCACUCUCAAUAGAUGGUUAAUUCAAAAUAAAGCUGAACACAGCUAAAUUGA